CCGAAAUGACAACAAAGCUCACUUGACUUGACUUGCUUAAACAGAGUUAACAAGUUUCAGAAACAUUUCCAGCCCAACAUCUCAUAAACCACACAAAUGACCUUAAACUAGCCCACAAAUUUUUUACAUUUUGAAGAAAAAAAAAUUAUUAUUAUUUUUUUUCAGCUGUGACUAAUAUAAUGCUAAUAUACUCUGAUGUAGCUCAUGUUUUAUUUUUAAUUCAGUUUAUGUUAAGAUUAUUAGACAAAAGACAGUUUGGGGUUUUCAUUUUCAUUUUAGUUCAAUUAAAUUUCUUUAAUUUCACCCCUUCUCUUUAUUUUCUCUCCAUAGCCAGAAUCUUUAGUGCUUCCUUGCUGGCUGGUAAGUAAAUUUUUCGUUUGAAACUUUUUUGUUGUUGUUCUUUUAAUUUUUUUCUCCCAUAUAUUGUUACCUGCUUUGUGUUUUUUUUUUUUUUUUUUUGGUUUGUUUGUUUGUUUGUUUUCUUUCUUUUUCUUUUCGUUUUUCUAAAAUUUUCUUUGACAUAUUGUUUCCUGUUUUGUGACUUAUUUUAUUAAUCAUAUGGAUAUUUUUUCUCUUUUAUUUUUUUCAUUAAUUUAUUUUAUUUUUAAACUUUACUUUCCUACUCUUUUUUCCUCUGGCUCUUUUAGGAGUGGCUUUCAUAGAAGUAUAACUCCAAGAGGAGGAGGUUGUAGGUUUUUUAAAAAGAGUUAAAAGGUGUUUGACCAUAAGAGCCAAUGCAAAUCAUGUAAAGUUUACUAUUGAUUAUAUAAAAGUCCUGAAAUAAAUAGCAAUGCAGAAAUGUAAUCAUAUUAGGCCAAGUGGCAACAUUGUAAUGAAAUUCAUAAUCAUUAAUUAAUAUUAGCAUUCAUUUUGCUGUUUGUCUUAGAUGGUGCUAAUAUACGACUCUCUGAUGGUAAUAACACCUGCUCUGGUAGAGUGGAGAUCCUGUACAAUAGCCAGUGGGGAACAGUGUGUGAUGAUGACUGGGACAUGAAUGAUGCAGAGGUGGUGUGUCGACAGCUUGGAUGUGGUAAAGCACUCAAUGCCAAUCAAAUUGCCCACUUUGGCUUGGAAGGUGACCCAAUAUGGCUGGAUGAUGUUCAGUGUUCUGGAAGUGAAAGCGACAUCACUCAGUGCUCUCAUAAUGGAUAUGGAGAACACGACUGUCACCAUACUGAAGAUGCUGGUGUUACUUGCUCAGGUAACUUACGACUUGCAGGUGGCACUGACUCCUGCUCUGGUAGAGUGGAGAUCCUGUACAAUAGCCAGUGGGGAACAGUGUGUGAUGAUGACUGGGACAUGAAUGAUGCAGAGGUGGUGUGUAGACAGCUUGGAUGUGGUAAAGCACUCAGUGCCAAUCAAAUUGCCCACUUUGGCUUGGAAGGUGACCCAAUAUGGCUGGAUGAUGUUCAGUGUUCUGGAAGUGAAAGCGACAUCACUCAGUGCUCUCAUAAUGGAUAUGGAGAACACGACUGUCACCAUACUGACGAUGCUGGUGUUACUUGCUCAGGUAACAUACGACUUGCAGGUGGCACUGACUCCUGCUCUGGUAGAGUGGAGAUCCUGUACAAUAGCCAGUGGGGAACAGUGUGUGAUGAUGACUGGGACAUGAAUGAUGCAGAGGUGGUGUGUAGACAGCUUGGAUGUGGUAAAGCCCUCAAUGCCAAUCAAAUUGCCCACUUUGGCUUGGAAGGUGACCCAAUAUGGCUGGAUGAUGUUCAGUGUUCUGGAAAUGAAAGCGACAUCACUCAGUGCUCUCAUAAUGGAUAUGGAGAACACGACUGUCACCAUACUGAAGAUGCUGGUGUUACUUGCUCAGGUACAGAAACACUCUUUCAUAUUAUGACCCUGUCAUCAAUGUACAUUCACGCGUAUGAUAUGAGAAGAAAAAAGGGGCCGGUCAUCAUGAUUUCUGGGUUCACACAGGUCAGAAUUUGUAUUAAUAUUUAAAAUUAA